GUGCCACUCAUCUCGACCCAUCCACCGCCUACUCAGCAAAAACCAACUGCUCUCCAUCCUCGCCAUGUCCUCCAGCUUCAAAUCCUUCGCCGUCGCAGGCGCCAACAGCGCCAUCGGGAAGGCCACAGUCGAGGCGCUCGCCAAGGUCCCCGCCGCCUCCACCCUCGUCCUCACCCGCCAGUCCACCCCGCGGCCCGCCUGGCUGCCCGCCCACGUCGCGCACGCGGGCAUCGACUACGCCGACAUCGCGGGCACGGCCGCCGUCCUGCGCGCGCACAACGUCGAGGUCGUGAUCGCGCCGGUCGGCCACUUCGCGGUCCCGCAGCAGGUGCCGCUGGCGAGCGCGGCGAAGCAGGCGGGCGUGCAGCUCUUCGUGCCGAGCGAGUUUGGCACGCCGACGAAGGGGUGGAGGAAGGGGGAGGCGCCGCCGUACUUGUUGCCGAAGAUCGAGGUCGCAGACCAUCUCGAGUCCAUCGGGCUCCCUUCCCUGCGGAUCUUCCCCGGCUGCUUCGCCGAGUUCAUCGCCAUACUCGUCGGGUACAACGCCAACAAGAAGGUCAACAUCCUCAACUCACUCACGGGCGAGAAGCCGUUCUCCGUCACCACCAACCCCGACAUUGGAGCCUUUGUCGCCCACCUCGUCACGCACUACCCGCUCUCCGCGCUCGCCAACAAGGCCUUCCGCAUCGAGGGCGACCGCAUCACACUGAAGAGCCUGGCCGCCAUCUUCGAUGCGCCCAUCGAGCGCGUCGACGUGAUCCCGGUGGCGCCAGAGAUUCCCUUGCCCUCCGAGUUCGUCGAGGAGCUGCAGCGCGUUACAGAGCGGGGACUGCUGAGCAUCGAUACCGUAAUUGGAGAAGGCGAUGGCGCGGGCGGGGCAAACGAUCUUUGGGAGGGGCAUCACUGGACGACAGUCAAGGAGUACCUGAAGGGUGAUUCCAAGUAAUGUAGAGCCUUGCACACUCGCGGUCAACAUCG